CCGAGUAUAGAGGGCGUUGUCUUGCGGUUGCUAUCAAUAAAUAAUGGAGUAUGGUAUGCUGUUUAUUUGUGUUUUUACGCUGACAAUGCCUGCGAUUUAAUCACUGUUAAAACGUUCUCAAGGAUACGUUAUUUUGAUAGAGUAUGAUGUUACCACCAUCACUGAUGUAGCGGCAAAAUGGAUGGCCAUGUUACCGGUCUUAUAGCAUCUGAUGCUGACUGUGAUGCUGGCAACCAAUCAGAUACAAGCAGGACUAACGAAAUCAGUAAGGUGAAGAAGAAAUCAAAGACACUUAAUCGAUUAAGGGACAGAAAACUAAAAAAGACAAAUGGAACCAUCUCACCAACCACUGGACUAUCACCACGUCCUCCAGAUGGUAAGCCAGAAGAUACAGACAGAAUUGCUUCUCAUGGUUCCUUAAGAGAUGUAUUCAACCAAAAGGACUCCAAGCCAAACAUUACCAAUGGAGAGGCACAAGCUGAUAAAAAUGAAACGAGCGAAGCAAGCACACCAAUAAAAGUCAAUUCUGCUUUUGUUGCUAAUGUAUCUUUUGGUGGAAGCUCCUAUCGUCCAUCACCACCACCAAAGAUCACAGAUGGUAAGGACUCUGUAACUGAUAAGCCUAGGCCGGUACCUAGGCGACGAAUCAUCACACCACCACUUUCCCAAGAAACCACCCCAAUUCAGGAGUCUCAAGAGCUUACAUCCUCAAAGUUAAAGAAUGAAAAACAUCAAAGACAACAUGAGUCUGAUUCAGUUUCACAAGAAAGCCAUCCAGAGGUGACAUUAAAUGGCAGAAAGUCUUCAAGUACUUUAAACAUAAGGGAAUUUUUGCCAUCAGAUGAGUCAAUUCCAGUGGAACUUGAUAGACCACUAAAAACUGAUGACUCACACAAUUCUAAAGAGACAAAGGGUAAUCCAGUCAUGGUGUUUGAUCCUGCCACUGGUGAGAUGGUGAUGAGAGGAGGUUGCAAUAAAGUAAAACCUGGUAAUGUGAUGUCUCCAGUUCAAAAGAAAACUGGAGAUUCAAGCUCUGAAGAUGAUCUUGUUAUACCAAUGAGUGGUAAAAAAACUUCAAAUAGUCAUCGUCAGCCACUUUUACAAAAGGAACCAGGUAUCACAAAAGAUAAAAAAAAGGAUGGAACGAAGGAAAAUUUGACUUCAUCCAAUAUUUCUAAAGGAUUUUCGAAGCCUAUAAAGGCAUCACCACUGCGUACUUCAUCACAGCAUCAAGUAAAUGAAGGUCUUCUAUUAAAUGGAAACGUUGAAGACAGUGAUAGUGAUGAUGAUAUCAUUGUUGUAUCAUUAGCGCAUAAGGGUAAGAAAAAGGCUACCCCUUUACCCGCUGUGAAUUCAGCAGAAACUCAAAACCUUGUGGGGAAGCAUGAUUCCUCUAGAAGGUCUAAAGUCAUUUCAUCACCUCUUCCUGUGAAGGAAGUAAUAGAAACUGAAUCAUCUUUCAUUGUUAAGCCACGAGGUGUGCCAUCAGAGCCGCACACUCCCAGUCAAGAAUCUGGAGUUGAAUCUGAUAGGUCAACCACUGGCUCAAACUAUCAAGACGAUAUGUCUAGUGAGCCUGGCACAUCUUCAAUGCACAACAAACUACCACCCAUUCAAUCAAAACACACAAUGCAGAGUGUUUCAUCUCAGUCACUAAGGACUUCUUGUAAAAUGGAUGGAAGCCUCCAUUUAAAAGAUGGACAAAGAAGUGAUUCUUUGCCAUUCUCAGAACCUGUAAUGGGAGCAAAUGAUACUCUAUCCAUGACCAACCGGUCUUUCAUGUCAACUGGAGCUUUACCAACACUUACAACGAAAGCCGUAAAGAACAGGAGCUAUUUAAGUGGUGGACUGCAGGCAACAAACAGCCUUCUAGGUAAAGAGGAGCUUGAACGUUAUUUCCCUGACCGACAGCUGAAGAUAUUCAUGGCAACGUGGAAUAUGCAUUCUGAGAAAGAUCUCCCAAGAAACUUGGAGGACCUACUUCUACCUGAUGACACUGUGUUUGUACAAGAUAUCUAUGCUAUAGGAACUCAAGAAUCUUGUCCAGAGAAACAAGAAUGGGAAGUGAGUAUCCAACAAGUGCUAGGCCCAACACAUGUGUUGCUUCACUCCGCAAGCCAUGGUGUGCUAAAUCUACUCAUUUUCAUCCGACGAGAUCUCAUUUGGUUCUGUUCGCCAAUUGAGGAAGACAGAGUAUCAACACGAGUUGGUUCUAUGAUAAAGACAAAGGGAGCUAUGGCAGUAGCAUUUAAUUUCUUUGGAACUUCAUUGCUCUUUAUUGCAUCUCACUUAACCUCUGGCGAUGAGAAGCUGAAUGAACGCAUCUUAGAUUAUGAGAAGAUAAUUUCAACGCUGCAACUACCACUAAGAAAUUCACCAAUCAGAAGCUACAAUAAGAGCAGCACUGAUGUGACUGCAAAAUUUGAUUGCGUCUUUUGGUGCGGUGAUUUUAACUUUCGUAUCGACCUUCCCAAGGAGCGGGUUGAGAAAUGGAUUUUAAAUAUGAAGAAGAAAGAUGAGCCAAGCUUCAAGAAACUUUUAAAGGAGGAUCAGCUUCUCAAGGAAAUGAAGAGAAAGGCAGUUUUUAAAAAUUUUAAGGAAGGUGAAAUCAGUUUUUUCCCUACCUACAAGUUCGAUUUGAACACAGAUCAGUACGACACAUCACCAAAAGCCAGAGUUCCCUCAUACACAGAUCGAAUCUUAUAUCGUUCACGCAAAUCAGGCGAGGUCCAAGUUCAUGUAUACAAUAGCUGCGAAACAAUCCAAAUCUCAGACCACCAACCCGUUUAUGCCGUCUUCACUGCAAAGAUUCGCCCCGGACGCCAUGAUAUGCCAACUGGUGGUGGACAGUUCGCACGGGAUGUUUUUGUAGAGGGUAACAAACGCAGAGCUGCAGCAACAGGGAAUGCGAAAUCUAGCACAGUGUGUGUUAUUCUUUAACGCCUAUUUUUUUAUUUUUUUUUUUUUAAGAUUUUUUUGAUUGACAAACACAUGUUAUUUGUUCAUAUAAAGGUGUGUUAUGACAUCGUCAUAGUUAUGGGUGUGGUAUGUCCAUAUGUGCCCAUAUGUGAUAUGGGCAAACCACAGAUAUUUGUCACAGAAAACUAUAUAGUGUGCUAAAAGCCUUAUAGCCAAAGAACUGUAUUAUUUAUACAAAAACCAAGGGUAUACAUUUUACUCAUAAUUUCAUUCUUGGAUUUCUAUUUCUCCUAACUAAAGUAAAAUCAAUGUUAUGUCUUAUUUCACCACCCUCACUAAUGCUAGUCCUUGUGUUUGUGUGUUAAAACAUGUGCUGUACAGUUUAUUUAGCUUGCUCAAUGAUUUCGAUAUUACAAGUAAUCUUAAACAGAAUUAUCUGACAAUUUCCGAUGAUGAUACACAUGCUACUGUUACCCUAGCUUGGUUGAUUUUAAUACAGUUGAAAAAAGCUUGAUUUUCACUGGCUGAGAUAGGUCAACCCACUUCAGUGUAGACAAAACAUUUUCACAGUGGUGGCUUUGAGUCAACCCUGUUUAGCGCUAUAAGCAGAAUGUAGCCAUAAAGUAACAAUAUUUAUAUUUAAAACCUAUAAUAAAAAUUGAUACGACAAAGUAUAUUUAUUAUGUACUACUACAACUGAUAACCAUUAAAUAAAUAUGGCCCUUUAUAUGAUAAAAUAGAAAUAUAAUAGAAUAGAAUAACAUUAAUAAUUUUUAAACUGUAAACUGAUUAGUCCAGAAACCUAAUAAAUUAUUUAAAAUUAUUUAUUAGUAUAUUACACUGUAAUUUGAUUGGUUGAAACACCAAACAAACAUUGUUAUAGUUUUUAUAUUUAAAUUUUGAAUAGUGAACACUUGCAACAUAAAGUUUGCUUUUUACAAUAAUUAUGUAUUAUACAACACUGUAAACAUUAUGGAAGAAAGUUUUAGAGAGACACUAUAAACAAUUGAUAUCAGUGUCAAAUAGUAUUUUGGGUAUUAAAAAAAUCCUCAAAAAUUAAACCAAAGAUAAGUCAAAAUGCUAUUAACCCAUGAAUGCCAAUUGCAUAAGAUUUUAUCACCUGAAUCUUAUAAAUGUUGAUCCUUAUUUUAGUUUUAAUCUAAGUGUGCACUUUUUCUAGUCCUCCAUUUAUUGAGAUUGAUAAGCUGUGUACAUUGUGAUUUAAACAAAACUGCUUCAACCCCCCUUUCCAACUGGACCACGUUGACAGGUUAAUAUAAUCCCCUCAAAUUUGGGGUAUUUAAGGAGAGGUUUUACUCACAUGACAUAACUGAGGUUAAUAUGAAAAACAUGAGGAAUUUGGUUGUAAAGAUUUGACAGAUAAUAUAAUAAAAUAUUGUUCUAAACCAUAGGCCAAAUGCCUAACACAAUAAGGGUUAACUCUUCGAUUUUAUAUUUUUAGUAUUUGGUAAUGAAGCAAAAGUACUUUAAAUAGAAAAAAAAUUGUAGUUCUUUUCUCGUUUUUUUUUAAAUAUUUUUACUUUUUCAUCUGUCUUAACACAUUUUAAAUUUACAAUAUUAACAAAGAGGAUUUCAAAGAGUCAACCGAGACAACCCAAAAGUAAAUAUAAGGUAGCCAUAUUAUAAUGUAUACGGUAUAUUUUAAUUCCUAUGUCAAUUUUAUACAUAUAUACAGUUGUGUACAUAAUGCCCCAAUAGGACCAAGUGCAACUAUGCAACUUUUUACACUCUAUUUUAAUCUUUGUCAUUUGUAUUUUUUAUCACAGUGUGUUGCAUUGUCACCUGUAUUUAACUACUUCUUGUCCUUCACUUUCACCUGUUUUUUUUUUACCUGUCUUUCACCGUCAUCUGUGUUUUACAAUCAAUCACUUCCUAUUUUCAGUGGCGUAUCUAGAAGUCUUGAAUUUGGGUGGGCGGGCUGAUGUGGGGUGGGCGCGAAGGUGAAGUGGGGUGGGGGGCUUGAUGAUCCGUUGAGGGGCGCUAAUUCGCAAAAUAUGAUUAUUUUAGGUGAUUUUUAAUUAUUUGACCGUGAUUUUUUUUUGUGGGGGCGACCGGGUGAGGGCGCGAGUACUUUCUCUUACGGGGACAUGCGUUCCCACGCCCUCCCCUAGAUAUGCCACUGACUAUUUUAUUUAACCUUUGUUUUACUGUCACCUGUGUUUUAUCGUCGCACGCUGAUGUUUUAAAGUUACGUGUGUCACUGCCACAUGCGUUUUAGGCUGUCACUACUUGUUUUUUAUUGUACCUGUUUCUUUUUUUGUACUUUAACCGUUUUUUUAAUUUUUUUUAUUUUUACACUUUUUUUUUCUGUCACCUUUUACUGUUAAAAACUCUCAAUGGUACUUUACAGUUCACUAUCGCCUGCAUUUCCUGUCACGUGUUCUUUCAGUAUUACCGAUGCAGACCUUGAACAAAAGUAUUUCAUGUAUAUAACAUAGAUGUAAAAUAUGUAAAUUAAAGAGUUAUUGUAAAAUAUGGAAGCGUUUUAAAAGUCAUGUAUAUCAGCAGUCAUUGCUUGAUGAGUAUCCAGUAUACGUUUUGCGUAAUAUUAUUGUAGUGAUGGGCAAUUUUCUGUCGAUCAGGACUGUGUGUGUUAAUGCUUUGCAUUGUGUUUCAUUGCGUAUUUGUAAUCUACCUAUUUAAAUUGUUUAAGCCUUGGGAAAUCAAACAUGUUAUCUUGUUCCAGUAAGUCAAUUUGUCAUGUGAACUGCGCAUACCUGUAUAAAAGGUCAAUCGACACAAACCUAUGUUGUGUAAGUGCUUGUUUACAUUGAAUGAUUUUGAUACGGGCAUGUUCAGUUUAAGGUACGAAUUGGCUUAAUAAUUACACACCUUGAUUUUAAUUAAGCAAAUACUGAUACAUUGAUCAUCAUUAUUAGAUUUUAAUCAAAAUUAGCAAAAUCUCAUUUUAUUCAGCCAAUGAAAAAUUCAAAUAAUGUAACUCAUUAUUAAGCUUUAAUAUUCAUUCAUGAUGCGGGCAGCACGGAUGCUAAAUAUGUUUGAUUGCAUUAUUAAUGUAUGUGCAUUCGUGGCUCCAGAAAAGUCUGGGGUCGGGGGGGGGGUGUCAGAAUCAUGAGGUCGCCUAGAGAUUUGGUGUUCUGGAAUAUCUCUGAUGAUUAGGGUGCAUGAGGAGAGAUUUCGUUUAGGAUGGCCCAAGAUUGUGCUUAGACCACAAAAUUGGCAAUUAUAAUGAUUUUUUUUUUUAUCUUCAAAAUUGUACUUUAGUCCAACAACUUAUUUGUGACAUCGAAUGACUGAGUGGGUGGAUGCUUGCCUGUCAUGGAAAGGGGAAAUAUUUCCCUGAACCAGCUUUGCGACCACAAACGCUGUUAAGUAAUUUAGUAGUAGGCGGCGCCAGCGUAUGAAAUCGGGGGAGGGGGAGCAAGUGAGGGGCAAGGUACAAUUUUUUGGGGGAGAAGUCCCUGAGGAAAGCAAAGUGGGCGUGGUCGGGCGUCGAUUAAAAUGUUUCGAAAGUGGUCCGAGGCGGAGCCCCCGAAAAAAUAUGAAAAUUUAGGGGUUUCCCAGAGGCUUAUAUGUAGAAAAUACAUACAUAUUUUUUUGACGAAUUGUGGUUUUCCAUCUUUUAUUUUGGGGCGAGGGAGGAAAAUUUUCUGGAGGGGAAAAUUUCUCUCCCCCUUGCACCUCUUUAGCGCCGGCACUGGUAGUAGGUAUAUUUUGCCAUUAUUCUGAUAUUAAAUUAUAUAUAUGUAGCUCUGAAUAAAUAAUAUAAUAAAUGAUGGUUGAAAUUA